AAAAUAGAACAAAAUUUAUUUUUCUUUACUUGACUUCAGUUUCAAAUCAAAUGCAAAGUCGUGAAAACUUUUUCACUACGACUUGUGUAAAGUAUGUAAAAAAAUGUAGCGACAUGUAAGAAAACAUACAUUCACUCGAGUGUCAGCGCUCGUGUGAGUCAAGCCGAUUGCCGUGUAUAUAAAGAUUUAUUUCACAACAAUUGUUCAUUUCUGGAGUAUCUGGAGUGCGUCUGUAUCCGAUUAAGUGUUUGACCAUUAGAAAUUGCAACACAGUAGUAGUUUAUUUAUCCUCCCACGAUGGUUGUGCGUCCUUACGACGAGGAGCUGAAGUACAUUGAGAAGGUUUCGCCGACAUGCUACCGGAUCAAGAAGGGCUUCCAGCCCAACAUGAAGGUCGAGGGCUGCUUCUACGUGAAUGAGGCUCUGGAGAAGCUCAUGUUCGAGGAACUGCGGAACGCCUGUCGUCCCGGCCAGACAGGUGGCUUCCUGCCGGGCGUGAAGCAGAUCGCCAACGUCGCCGCCUUGCCCGGCAUCGUGGGACGCUCAAUCGGGCUCCCGGACAUCCACUCAGGUUAUGGAUUUGCCAUUGGGAACAUGGCAGCAUUUGACAUGGACGACCCCAAUGCUAUUGUCUCUCCCGGUGGCGUGGGAUUCGACAUCAACUGCGGCGUCCGGCUGCUGAGGACGAAUCUGUUCGAGAAAGAUGUGAAGCCGGUGCAGGAGAAGCUCGCGCAGAGUCUGUUCGAUCACAUUCCCGUUGGCGUGGGCUCCAAGGGGAUCAUCCCGAUGGACGCCAGAGAUCUGGAGGAGGCGCUGGAGAUGGGGAUGGACUGGUCGCUGAGGGAGGGCUACGUGUGGGCUGAGGACAAGGAGCACUGCGAAGAGUACGGCCGGAUGCUGAAUGCCGAUCCCUCGAAGGUGAGCAUGAGGGCGAAGAAGCGUGGCUUGCCUCAGCUGGGAACCCUGGGCGCAGGGAAUCACUACUGCGAGAUUCAAGUUGUGGAUGAGAUCUUUGAUGCUUCGGCGGCCAGCAAGAUGGGCGUGGAAAAGACUGGCCAGGUGUGCGUGAUGAUCCACUCGGGCAGCAGAGGAUUCGGCCAUCAAGUCGCCACGGAUGCCCUGGUGGAGAUGGAGAAGGCCAUGAAGCGUGAUAAGAUCGAGACGAACGACCGGCAGCUGGCCUGCGCUCGCAUCAACAGCCCCGAAGGACAGGAUUACCUGAAAGCCAUGGCAGCGGCGGCCAAUUUUGCCUGGGUCAAUCGUAGUUCCAUGACUUUCCUCACUCGCCAGGCCUUUGCGAAGCAAUUCAACACCACUCCAGAUGAUCUGGACAUGCACGUGAUAUAUGAUGUGUCGCACAACAUCGCGAAGAUGGAGGAGCACAUCGUGGAUGGCAAGCCAAAAAGGCUCCUGGUGCACCGCAAGGGAUCCACCAGGGCUUUCCCGCCCCAUCACCCACUCAUCCCCGUGGAUUAUCAGCUCACUGGGCAGCCGGUGCUCAUCGGAGGCACCAUGGGCACCUGUAGCUACGUUCUCACCGGCACGGAACAGGGCAUGCAGGAGACGUUCGGCUCCACGUGUCACGGAGCGGGUCGAGCUCUCUCCAGGGCGAAGUCAAGGCGGAACCUGGACUACGUUGAUGUCCUCAACAAGCUCAACGAAAUGGGGAUUUCAAUUCGUGUGGCGUCUCCGAAACUAGUCAUGGAAGAGGCUCCGGAAUCCUAUAAGAAUGUCACGGACGUGGUGAACACUUGCCAUGCUGCUGGAAUCAGCAAGAAGUGCUUCAAGCUGCGUCCCAUCGCCGUGAUCAAGGGUUAAUUUAUGUACAUUAUGUAUCUCACUCAUUUUUUUGCAAUUAUAUACUUUUUUAAAUGCAUUUGUGGCUUGAAUGAAUAGCGAAGACACUUUUUGGAUAAUCC